AUGGACGGGUCAAGCGCAUUGCCUUUCGAAUCGGUAAAAAAUUGCUUGACACCAGAAGAUUUACGCGCUAUUUGGAAUAAUUAUUGGGUGUACAAGAAUGGCAGACAGAAAGAAAGUGCCCCGUGUCCUUUAAAUCUGUCCGCUCGGAUGCGCCCAUUCGGGAAAAAUCGUGCCGGAUACCUUGGGGACCAUUACGUGCUGGAGUUAUCUGCUGAUGGAUCAGAUUUACGCGUGGAGCUGUUUUUGAAAGCGACCCCAACUGCUAUUCCGGCCCUGUCCAAUUACCUCUCGGCAAUAGGCACAUCCACCAAGGAAUCGAGAGUGUACCGUGAACUGUUUCCCCAGCUUAGACGCUUUUCACGCUUCGCUCCGCAUUGUUUUCUAUCUGGUCAGGUGUUGAUAUUGGAAAAUGCAGCCAAACAAGGCUUUCAAACGAUUCCCAGUGCCGCAGCAGGGGUGCUUGAUGAAGCACAUUUAAAGUGUGCCCUUGCUGCGUUGGCAAAGUUUCAUGCCGCGUCAUUACUUUUGGAGCAAGAGAAAGGUGCGAGUUUAUCGGUACAGUUUCCCGGACUAUUGGACGAAAAUGCAUGGAUUAAAAGGGCAAAUAAUCCGCGAGUAGAGGAGCUUCACGGUGCGAUUGAUGUAUUACUUGCAUUCGUGCGUACGAUGGAGAAGGAUGACACCCGGCUAAAUCCGAUCAUGCCCCGGGUGCACUCGUUUGUAAUGCAGAUCUACGAGCUUGUGAAACCCUCGACCAGAUUUAAGAAUGUUGCCUGUCACGGUGAUCUGUGGUGCAGUAAUAUGAUGUUUCGCUACGAUGAAACGAUUGAUGACCGGAUGCCAGUGGAGUGUUUACUAAUUGACUUCCAGUUUACGCGUUAUGCGCCGCCAGCGUACGAUGUAAACAUGCUGCUAACACUCACCACCACCGGUGAAUUUCGGCACAAGCACUACGAUAAGCUGACCCGACACUAUUACCAAUGUUUGGCGACGGAAUUGAAACGGCAUCCAGAUGCAGUUGGUUCGGCGGAUGGGGGCAACGCUUUAUAUCCCGAGGCAAUGUUCUUCGAGUCCUGCGAGAUGUAUAAAACAUCGGGAUUGAUUGAAAAUUUCCUCAUGAACCAUGUCACGUUGUUGCCGCGCAGUUACAUCGAUACCAUAUUCUCUUCGCCCGAAUGCUACGAAAGUUUUAGUGGUGCGGCAAAAAUGAAGAUGUGCUUAGAAGUGUUACAGAAUGAUGACGCUUAUCGCAGUAGAAUGACGGGAAUCGUCAACGAUUUAAUGGAGGCUCUAUAA